AUGACACACUUCUUCCAUGGUCGCCGGAAACCAAAGUCGCUCCCAGCGGACAAGAGCGGGACGGCGAAGAGUCGAGCGUGGAUUGAGGAGCGGGGGCGUGACUUCCACCCCGCCUUCGCGGUGGAGAGCGAAUUCAAUGAGCAACAAGAGAAAUACAUCCCCGCCGAGCUGGCGACAAUCAGAGACCUUGAGACCCUUUUAUUGCAUCAUGAUGCCAUCGCGCCUCCGGAGGAGCCAAGGUUCUAUGACUACACUUGGCAAAUGGUUCUGGAUACAUUAGACGAAGCAAAGGAUGUGGCAUCAUCUCGCAAAGACUAUAGCUCUGCUGCAAUCCAGGGCCUUGGCAUGUUGUCACCGUUGAAAGAUGUCAUACCUGAUGAGUACGGGCUGAGUAUAGUCAAAGGGGUGUUAGGUUUGACUGCGAAGCGAGGAGUAGAGAAUCGUGCCAAAAUCUUGCAAGCAUUUGAGACCGUUCCUGAGACUGUCCUGACCAUUCAGACAGCCUAUAACUACUUGAACCCCACUGCAGAUGACGAAGAAUUGUGUAGGGAAUUUUGCAGAACUCUAGUUAGGACAUUGCCGGGAUUGCUUGAUGUGUUAUUGAAGAGACAGCCAUGGUAUCGAAAGGUCACGGAGUCCCUCACCUUGAAAAUCCGAGAGACUCUCACAGUCGAUCAGGUACUCUCUGACUGGAACCGUUACCUCGCAACCAUCAAAGAGCGAUUAGAACGCAUGAAAGUCAAGAUCACUGCUGCUACGGCCUAUCACAGCAGCGAAUCGCAUCGCUUGGGUCUAGAAGCGAAUACCAACAUACAGACUCUUCAUACUGAACUUCAAGGAGCUCGCAGCGACAUCAAAGACCUAGUCACUGAAGUGAAGAAGCAGGUCGGAGCUGAGUAUCGAGAGGUCUUUGCCUUUCACAAAGAGCAAUCUGGGGCACAGGCAAUGACUGAGCUUCUACACGAGUUCAAAGCCCUAUGCAAAGAAUCCCGGGAGCAGUAUGAAGUCCAGCAGGGUCAAAUAUUCCUCCUGCAGCGUGCCUACUCGGACCUGGCACAUGAGAACGAAGCUCUCCAAUCAACCAUCUCGCUCAGCAGUACAAAUUCUCGAGACUCGGCAUCUACAACAGUCACUCCAAUCGAACUACUCGGUAUACUGGGCGUCUCACCACAUACCGCAGCUCAAGACCUCGAGAUUGUUCUUCAAGAAGGCAGUAAAUUCAGAUCCUCCUACCUCGGACGUGUGCGAUGGCUCGCCAGAACGGAUGAGUUCACUGAAUGGCUUCGGUCCCCACAGUCAUCACUCCUCCUAGUCGACGCCCGUCUAGAUACCAGUCCAGCAAUAAUGGUCACUCCCAUGUCAAUAUUUGUUUCAACUCUCAUAUACAGCCUGAUAAGCAGUCCAGACUGUCUACCCCUUUUCUUCUUUGCAUCGCUACACGAUGAAGACGGAGAUCGGGAGCUCAGCGGCCCGACAGGAAUGAUGCGAAGUCUCAUCACCCAGCUCCUUUUCAGCGACAAGCUUGCCACGCCGAGCCUUCAAUUUCUGGGUAGAGGAUUCCUCAACGCCUGUGAGAGCAACAACAUAAAAGCACUUUGCGAGCUAUUCAGACGACUAAUACUGCAGAUUCCUCCUAAUGUACAAGUUAUCUGCCUUCUGGAUGGAACAGCCGCAUAUGAGACAGGGUCACUCACAGGCGAAGAGAUCGACUACGUAGCCGCCUUGUUUCAGCGACUUGUCGAGGAUUCGGUUGAGACAGAUUCCAUGCGGCUGAAGGUGCUUUUUACAUUCGCAAACCAAAGUUUGCAGAUUUCCGAUAGGGUGGAUAUGUAUCCUGAUGUCUGGCGGUACGCUUCGCUGGCGGCCGGACAUGUGGAUCCUCUGUCUCGGCUGGAUUUCGCACAGGAGUGGAUGGAGUAA